AUGUCAUCCUGGAGCAACAACACCAAAGUGACAGAAUUCAUUCUCCUGGGACUCACAGAUGACCCAAUACUAGAGAAGAUCCUGUUUGGGGUUUUUCUGGGCAUCUAUGUAAUCACAAUGGCAGGAAAUCUGUGCAUGAUUCUGCUGAUCAGGACCAAUUCCCACCUCCAAACGCCCAUGUAUUUCUUUCUUGGCCACCUCUCCUUUGUAGACGUUUGCUACUCAACUAAUAUUACUCCAAAGAUGUUGAACAAUUUCCUCUCAGACCAGAAGACCAUCUCCUAUGCUGGAUGCUUCACACAGUGUCUUCUCUUCAUUGCCCUGGUGAUUACAGAGUUCUAUAUCCUUGCUUCGAUGGCCUUGGAUCGUUAUGUAGCCAUUUGCAGCCCUUUACAUUAUAGCACCAGAAUGUCCAAGAACACUUGCAUCUCUCUGGUUGCCUUCCCUUACAUUUACGGCUUUCUUAAUGGACUCUCUCAGGCAUUGCUGACUUUUCACUUAUCCUUCUGUGGCUCCCUAGAAAUCAAUCACUUCUACUGUGCUGAUCCUCCUCUCAUAAUGCUGGCCUGCUCCGACACUUAUGUCAAAAAGAUGGCAAUGUUCAUCGUUGCGGGCUUUACCCUCUCAAGUUCUCUCUUCAUCAUUCUUCUGUCUUACCUUUUCAUUUUUGCAGCCAUCUUGAGGAUCCGUUCUGCUGAAGGCAGGCACAAAGCCUUUUCCACCUGUGGUUCCCACUUGACCACAGUCACCAUAUUUUAUGGAACCCUCUUCUGCAUGUACUUAAGGCCCCCAUCAGAGAAGUCUAUAGAGGAGUCCAAAGUUAUUGCAGUUUUUUAUACCUUUUUGAGUCCUAUGCUGAACCCACUGAUCUAUAGCCUAAGGAAUAAGGAUGUGAUUCAUGCCCUGAAGCAAGUAAUUAGAGGAAGCUUAUGUUGCAAAGCUGUAGUUUAA